GCUAAGCCUGCCCGCAUCCUACUCGACCUUCUUUUUUUUUUUCGGGGCCUUGAGACAUACUCCACAGCCUCUUUUCAAUCCUUCAAGGCUUUUUUCUUCUUUCCCUUUUUUUUCAACCCCCUCGGGACCCUUAAUUUCCUUUGAUCUUCAAACCUACUCCGUACUACGUUCCCCGCUAGAUGCCGUUGCGCUGAACCUUUCCUUUGCCCCCCCCCACAGAACAACAUCCUACUGCUUCGAUCUCUUCCGCUUGCAGCCAUGCCGGUCCCGCACCUCCGCCGUGCUUCCUUAACCAGCCGGUCAUCUAGGGAGGACUCUCCCGGUAGUGGGGAGGAGGAGAUUGUCGAGCCCGAGCAGGGAAAUGUCCUCUCGCAUAUCAUUUCGCAGCUCCGACCGGGCGCCGACCUGAGCCGGGUUGUCCUGCCCACCUUCAUCCUGGAGCCCAGGUCGAUGCUCGAGCGCAUCACCAACUUCAUGGCCCACCCCGAAACGCUCCUCCCUAUGCCCACGGUCGACGAUCCCGUUGAGCGCUUCGUCUCUGUCAUCAAGUUCUAUUUAAGUGGAUGGCACAUCAAACCUCCAGGCGUCAAGAAACCCUUGAACCCCAUUCUCGGAGAGACCUUUACUUGUUAUUGGGACUAUCCCGAUGGAACGCGGGGAUAUUAUGUUUCGGAGCAGACCUCCCACCAUCCGCCCAAGUCUAGCUACUUCUUCAUGGCUCCCGAGCACCAUAUCCGAAUUGACGGCACGCUUAAGCCCCGCAGCAAGUUCUUGGGUAACUCCGCAGCGAGUAUGAUGGAGGGUAUUGCGAUUCUGCGACUGUUGAACCGUGGCCAGGACAAGGAGAAGGGAGAACGAUACAUCUUGACGCAGCCCAACAUGUACGCGCGCGGCAUUCUGUUUGGAAAAAUGAAGUAUGAGCUAGGUGACCACAGUUAUGUGCGGUGCCCGGAGAACAACCUUGUGGCCGAUAUCGAGUUCAAGACCAAGGGCUAUUUCUCGGGUACAUAUAAUGCAAUCGGAGGCACGAUCAAGAACGAGAAGACUGGUGAAGUGUUGUAUGAAUUGUCUGGAAUGUGGAAUGGCGAGAUGCACAUCAAGAACGUUCUUACUCACCAAAAGGAGGUUCUAUUCGAUGCCACACACGCAAAGCACGCGAAGCCUUCCGCACGCCCGAUCAAUGAGCAAGCAGAGCGCGAAUCGCAACGGCUAUGGGAACCUACGGUUAAGGCGAUCCUUGCGCAAAACCAUGUAGCCGCGACGGACGAAAAGACCAAGAUUGAAGAUCGCCAACGAGAAGAGGCUGCCAAGCGCGCCGACGAAGGUGUCGAGUGGCGACCUCGACUGUUCCGGGCAGUACACGGUGGUCCGGGUGGUCCAGACGAAGGCGAGGAAGACUUGGACUGGAUCAUCAAUGCCGAGGUUGACUCGCACGAUCCCGAGACCGCAGUCAAGCAAAUCCUGGCCAUCGCGCCCAUUGUUGCCGGUCAGAAAGACUCAACCCAAUUCCAGAUUCCGCCGCAUGCUUCUAAGCCACCCAACGCUGAGCCACCGGCACUCCCCGAGCAGGACCAGACGGCUAAUACCGCGAGCGCAGCCUCAUCCACAGGAAACAACACAGCCGCCCCAAGCGUUGUCGAACGAAAGGACACCGAAACGCAAGAGGUGGAUCAAUUUGUGGACGCGGAGGAAAAGCAGUGAUUCGGGAGAGACUGGAAAACAACCACCGCAACAUAAACUAUACUCCGGGCCCAAUUCACCACCAAACCCGCGCCGAGGUCCUUUCCAGCAUCCAGCCUCGCACAGAGUCCAUCACUGCUAAUCCGCCAAGCGAAGCACAAAUCUGUCCACGUUGUUCGAUCAGCAGUAACUCGAGCGACUGGACUCGACGACUACGCACAACCCCUUCUCCUUCCCACCACUAUCAUGUUCAACACAAGCGAUUUUCCCCGGUUUAAAAAGCCGUACCACAUUUGCUGGAUACCCGAUUUGAUGCUGGAUACUCGAUUUGAUUCUGGAUUUUUACAAUCCUGAGAAAAGAAAGAAAACCUAAAACCUCAAACUCAAUAAUUUCCUUCGAAAUUCGAUUUCAAAUAAACAAAACAAUUGGAACUACAUGUAUGCUUCGAAAACGUCUUCGCAUCGGGUUUACCGUUUCGGGGACGGUAGGGGACGUGGAUGGGGUUUUACGAGGUACGUCGUAACGUCCAAUCUGGGGUGCUGUAGAAGAGAAGAAUAUCUUUCAAAUGGGUACAUCAUGGUCUUUCGUUGAAGAUGCGGUUGUUCUGCUUGAUUCGGUCUGAUUUGCUUGGUGCCUACUAUCAGAGGUCGCGGGCGUUGACUGGAAUUGAUGAUAGACUUCUUCAAUAUACGUGAGCACAGAAGUAUACCAACUAGGAGGCAUUAAUCGGAAAAUUACAAACUUUCAUUCAAUAAAUUCGU